CGACAGCGGUCGUCGGUAGUCUUGUCAAACAUGGGGGCACGCGUUGUGCGUAUGUUCCGAAAUUUUAACCUAGAAAACCGGGCGCUCAGAGAAAUAUCCAAAGAAAAGCCGCGGGCAGCGCCUCGACACGCCGCCAGCCACCCUCCCUCCGCCGGCAGCUCUGAAGCGGCGGAGACAGUGGAUCCACUGAACCAGAAGAACGACCCUCUGCUGAAGCUCCUCAAGUCCGUGUAUGUGGAGUCCAAAGAUCCAGCAGCAGCAGAGACAUCAAAGGAAGUGAUACAGAGUACAAAUGCAGAGCGCCGGCCGCUCAGGUUCAGUUUACCGGGGGAGCCGUACGGCCUGGUGGAGCUCUCAGACGUUCCUAAAGGCAAACUGACCAUCGCUGAGGCUCUGAAGGCGCUCAGCAGCCACCAGCGUGAGCCUCAGACGUGGACGCCGGAAAAGGUCGCUCAGGAGUAUUCUCUGGAGUUGAAAGACACUAAGGCUCUCCUGGAGUUCUUCAUCCCCUUCCAGGUUCAGAUCAUACCGCCCAAGACUCGAGAUGCCAAGCAGAUAAAGGCGUCUUAGGACUGAACUGUUGGUGAAAGGUAGAUGAAGAGACAGAUGUACCUCAAUAUGUUAGGCUUUGGGAGAGAGUGGGAGAUUGAAACUGAUAAGGCAGAGUUUCUCAGGCUUGGGGUUUGGACCCAGGGGUGCCUGAUAAUAUAGAUGGAACCAUGGGAGAUUUCUAAGGUCAGUUUAUUGGUAAUUGGUAAUUUAUUGGUAAUUGUGAAACAAAGAAAAACAGAAAUAAUAAAAUGAAUAAAGAACCAAAUUGAACAAAUGUAAUCUUAAAAUUGAAUAAUAUAUGUAAUAUUAUAUUUUCCUUGCAUCAAUCAAGAUAAUAUCUAUUACAAAAGUAUAUUUUAGAGGUUCAGGAAAGAUUGAGAAACCCUAAUUGUAAAGAAGUUCUUCAACAUUUUGGGAAAUACACUUACUAGCUUUCCUUCCUAUAGUGAGAUGAACAGAUGGAUGUUAUUCACAUAUCUGAACAUUAAGUACAGAGCUGGAGUCGGGACGUAGUUAGCCUAGCUAGCGCAUAAAGACUGGCAGUAGAGGGAACCAGUGAGCGUAGCUUUGUCUAAGGUUGGAAAAUAUGCCUACCAACACCUCUGAAGCUCAGUAAGUAACUCCUUACCUGGUUCGUUUAAUCUACACACAUGCCUGUUACAUGUAGUGUUGCAGUGAGGUUGCCAGGUUUGGCACCUUGAUGCCUGAACAGUAACCAAAACAUGUGCCUCCCAAUGAAUGUGGCAACCUGGCUGGAGGUAUUGCACAGAAGGGAUGAAUGGAUGGAUACACUGUUGUUGGUCAAGAAUAGUUGGUUCCAGUUUAUGCUAAGCUAUUGGCUAACCACAGCCAGACUCCCUGAUGUGAAGUAACUAAGUACAUUUACUGAAGUACCAUACUUCAGUGGCAUUUUGAGGUAUUUGUACUUUGCUUGAGUAUUUUCAUUUCAUGCUACUUUAUAUGUAUAUUCCACUACAUUUAACUUUGCAGAGUAAGAGCUCACAUACAUACAUUUAUGUGGAUUAAAGCCAAAAUAACAGGAUAUAAACUAGUAAAAUGGCCAGCUAUAACACCUCAUCAACAGUAAUAAUUGAAUGCAGGACUAUCUUUACAUUGUAAAUGUAAAACAUUACAUUGUAGCUCUGCUUUUACCUCUAAUGUCAGUAAUUCUGUCAAACGUCAUGCACAGACAAAAGAUAGAUAUCGACUCUCUCAUCUCACUCUUGGAAAGAAAGGGGGAAAAAAAAGCUUAAUUCCAAAAUGUUGAACUGUUCCUUUACUCUGUUUAAGACUGCAAACUGUUGUGUGUGAAUCUGUCCAGCGAGAACCUUUAUGUAGUCAUUUAAUUCUCAGUGAUAAAUGACAGACAUCAGUAAGAUUUUCAGUCAUUAAUUCAAAUGAGCAGUCACACACAUAUAUAUAUUAUGCAUGUAUGUGUGUGUGGUGUAUUUAUGUCUGUUAGCCUGCAAACUGUCCAUGUGUUACAUAUAAGGCAGCACUGAUGCUUAUGGAUCCUAACACAGAUGUUACAGUGGCUCCACGGUUUUAAUACAUAUGCUGCACUGGUUUUGUGAUAAAGGAAGUAAAUAACGAUCUCUGUGGUAAACACAGACUGUUUACUAUCCCACUAAUCUAAAUAGCUAUCACAAAUUGAAGCGGCUGGCAAAUAAUGGCUCCCGGGCCAAAUCCGGCCUGCUAGCAAAAUUAUUUGGUCCCCUGACGAAAGUUUUAACUUUGGUAGUUUACCUCAAAAUGUGAAUACAAGGCUUGUGUAAAACCACAAUCCAUGUGACCUGGUAACAUCUAAUACUGCCCCCUGUGUGAAGUGAGCAUGCACACUGCGGCUUGUUUGUCCACUGUGACAUCUCAGAAUGUCUUCUGGGACAAAGGACCUUGCAGCUAGUGAUCAGCCAAUCAUCAUUCAGUUUUUACUUGGAAUUUAAAUUUAAAUAUCAUUUCUUUCAAAUAUUGGGAGCUGCCUUUUAUUUUCAAACACCUGGCAG